AUGGAUGAACUCAAUGAUGAGAUUCUAAAUGAUUCGCCUACUCCACUCGCCAUCCCGAGUUCAGAAGUGGGAUUACCCGGAACAUCAGAGAAAGAUACAGGUCAGAAUAUUGAUAAUAUUGGUGAUAAUGAGAGCGAUCGUUGGAAAAUUUUAUUUGACAUGCAACAACGUCAAAUAUUAGAAUUAGUUCGUGCUAUAAAAGAACCAAACUCUAAUCAUUUUAAGAUAGUGUUUCCUGAAUAUAACUCAGACUUGCGAGAUAGCAACGCACGCGCUUGGUGUAAUACUGUCGAUCUAUGUAUGCAAGAAAAUCCAUUAUCGGGUAGUGAUCUAAUAAUAACAAUGGCUAAGGCUCUUAAAGGCUCUGCAGCUUCAUGUGAGAGUGCGAUAGAACGUAGCCGGAUUGAUUUGGAUGAAAAUGCU